AUGCCACGCUCGGCCACGCCGCCGGGUGCCAUCGGCACCCGCCGGUCCAACCGCAGCAGGGCGCUGGAGCUUACCGAUCAGAAGGAGCAAGCAACGGUGGCGCAGCAGUUCCUGCAGGCGGCUGCCGAUGGGUUGGCCACUGGUGCCGUCUCCGCUCUUCGGAAGACCUUGCCGGCUGGCCUGCGCCCUGCAGCGUCUCGCUCGCCCAGGAGCAAGAGCAAGGGCCGGAAAGAAGAGACUGUCCGGCGACACUCUGCUCAUGCCUCAACGAAGGCGCGGAGCAAUACUGGAGGCAGUGCAUCGGCCUUCCUCUUUAACGACGAGCGCAGCGAGCGUCGUGCUUCGUCCAUCAGUGCAGCCACCGAAGCAGCUGUGCAAGCCAUUGCUACAGAGAUCCUGGAAGCACAGGAUGUCGCAGCUGUGCAGAGGAAGGCGGCACCGCAGUCCAGCCAAGAUCUGUGUCAGGCGUUAGCGCCUCGAACAGAGCCACCUGACCCAUGGGCUUCCAGUGAAUCAGAUGCCGAAUCCGACGCCUCGCAGAAGGAGUCAUCGGCGUCAGCCUCCGCAACUCUCUCAGCGCCGGCUCUUCAGGAUCAGGCUACUGCCUCGAUCUCGACCAUCCGGAGCCGUGGCUCCUCCUCCCGACAGUCUGCAGAGCCCGAAGGGGAACCUUUAGAGCUACAACGAAGUCGGGGGAGGGAACCACGUGAGCCGCGGGAGCGUGACGGAGGACCGCGCCAAAGUUCUGCGUCACCGACAGACGCCGCCCGCCUUCACCGUGCCUUAAGCCAAGUUCAGACCUGCGCUUCGAAAGGCCACUUCUCCGAGGCGAUUCAAGCGUGCUUGCCAGCUCUUCACGGCCCGCAGGAGGUUGUGGAUAUCGUUGGCAGCCUUUUGGCUGCCUGGCAGGCCAGCAUCAAGAAGCAGAAACGAGCCGCUCGGCACAGACAUUCGCAGCGUGAGUCUCUUCGCACGUUUGCAAAUCCCGCUCCACGAAGCUUGUCCACGGCAUGCCACACUGCCUUCCGUCCACGCUUUACCUGCCAGGAACAACAAGAUGAAAUGGAGGCUUUGGUGUCUGAGGCGUGA